AUGACACACAUCAAGCUCGAACCACAAGAUUUCCUCGCACUUUUCUUCCCCUUACCUGCUCAUGUCGCACCAGAAAGCCAGCCACAAUGGGACCGCAACGUCUUCCAGGGCAUAGAGAAUGUGGAAGAUCUUACUCAGGCAGCAAUCUGCGAACGAUUCCUCGCGGCGGUCCAUGAGAAUGCCCUCGCACCAAACUUCAGACUGGCUAAAUGGGAUGUGGAACCCCCAAACGAAGACACCUACGUCGAACGAAUCGAUGCCGCCUUCUUUCGCAGCGAAUCUGUUGCCACCAACUGGGAAGACCAAAUCGUUCCCGUCUCUUUCAAGCCGCUCGACUCCGGACUCGACCCCUGCGACGAUCUCCCACCCAGGACGUCCGACUGGGAUUAUCUGACCCGCAUGGAAGCCCGGAAACAGCUCUUCCACCACGCCGAGGACGUGUCCCAAUACCAGCACCGUACCGCGCUGUACAUGCUGCUCAUCGCCGAGCGGCAGUUCCGGUUCCUCCGGUGGGAUGCUUCCGGGAUGAUCAUCACGCAGGCGGCAGACUACGUCGAGGAUCCAUGCCUCCUUUGUGAGAUGCUGUGGCGGAUGUCGCUCCUCAGCGAUGAGCAGCUCGGGAUGGACCCGACGGCCGCGCGCAUUCUCCCUGGCACCGACGACUUCAAGAUGAUGGAUACAGCAGCUAUUCCACAGGCCUCCGACGUCGACCAUACAGAGCGAGACGUUGGCGAAGAUGAAGUCAUCCCCACGGACUUCGUCUUCCAGUAUGUCCGCGAAGGCUUCGCAAAAUCGCUCGGCGCUGAGUGGCCACGGUAUCGCCUGGAGGUCCCGUAUGAAGACUCGGUGCGGAUGUUCCUCGUGGGCAAGCCGGCCUUUCGCGCAAGUGGCAUGGCUGGCCGCGGGACACGGGGAUAUGUCGCGCUCGACUGCAAGACCGGCCGUUUCGUGUGGCUAAAGGACACCUGGCGGACGUACUUGGAUCUCUUAGAUCAGGAGGGUACUGUGCUUGCUCACCUGAACAGUAAGGGAGUGCCGUACGUUCCGACACUCAUAUGCCACGGGGAUGUGCUUGAUCAGGUCGCCCGCAAGCCCGAUCUCUGGGAAGGGGAUCGCUCUCAGGCUCCCUCUGCCGCUUCCAUGAUGGUGGCUCCUUCUCCUACCUCAAUGCACUUAUCAUCCUCUGAAAAGGUUAUGAACCCGCCGCAGAUAACGCCCUCGAACAACCAACCUGAAGCGCAAAAGGUCCAGUAG